AUGCUUAGGCCUUGUUUAACUUGGCGAACGAGAUCUUCAAUCAACACUCUUAUAUUUGUCAAGGCGACUCUGAUGCGAUGGAAAGCCUACUCUGCUACAUACAUCCCCAUUCCCGAGCCGCAUAAUAACGGGUCAUCUGCUCCUGAAAUGGCUCCCCGGAGCUGUGAUGUCGAUUUGUCCAGCCUGAGAGCGGCAGCAGAUCUAGAGGAUCUUAUAGCAAAUGCGGUCUUCAAGUAUAAGACUAGGAUAGUGGUUGUCCGACUUGUGCCGUUGACAGCUCCCGCAAGACGCGAAUUUGCCUGCGAUCUCUGUCCUCUUUCUUUCGAUCGCCACCACGAUUUGAAACGCCACAUCGAAACUCAUAGCGGAGAAAAACCUCAUAUAUGCGAAUGUGGGAAGGCAUUCACCAGGAAAGAUGCUUUGAAGCGCCACAAGACAACAUUUCCGUUCUGUCCACCUCAAGCCCAUGGUUCUCUACAUCCCGCAUCCUCAUCCUCCUCCCAAAUUCCACAUUCGUAUGGUCAUUCCCAGCCUUCCACCGUACAACACCCAGCGUACGGCCACCAUAGCCCACAAUUUACUGGUCACAUACCCGCGAAUCCAAGCGGGUGGUCAAACCCUUACGGCGCUCCCCCAUCGCUUCAGUAUGGGGAUAUCACAUCUGGCGCAAACUAUAGCCAAGGUCCGCAGUAUCCUGGGUCUACCUCGCCAUCACAGGCACCCUUCGUUCCCCCUCCUCUGUACGGCGGUGAUUACCCUGCCUCGCCCACCCGCCCCUACGCCUGUGAUAUUUGCCCGCUCUCCUUUGAUCGGCACCACGAUCUGAAGCGUCACCGCAUCACCCACGCUGGCGAGCGGCCCCACAUUUGCAACGGCUGCGACAAGACUUUCACGCGCAAAGAUGCGCUUAAGCGACAUCAAAUGGCCAAAGAAUGCGGCAGACCUGGCCAGUAA